GAUAACUUGGCCUCCCCGUCCAGGCCCGCCAUUGCGUGUUUACAAACAGGUGAGCGCCGCGCGGCUCCCCCAGGGCACCAGCACCCCCGCCUCAGGUCACCCCAGGGGCAGAGGUCACGCCGAGGGCCGGGCAGCAGGGCAGGAGUUUGUGUGUGUCUGCAGUGAAGGACUUGAACGUCAGCCAUCGCGGGAGACAUAAGGGGGGGAGCAAAAGGUGACCGAAGGAGGUGAAGAUGGAUGGGCCGCAGGGACCCCACCAGCCCACCCCAACCUCCUGGGUCUACAUGCAGCACCUCCUCCAGCAGCUUCAGGACCACCAGCAGCCCCAGCAGCAGCAGCAGAUGCCUCAGCACACCCAACCCAUGCAGCAGCCGCCCCCGCCGCCACACUCCCAGCACCAGCACCACAUGGGACCGCACCAACCGCCUCAUCACCCGUCGCCGCAUCACCCGCCGCCGCAUCAUCCGUCGGGGCUGCUUCCCACGCCGCCGUUACUCCCGACGCCAUCCCAGCAGCAGCUUCCCCCGCGGCUACCCCCGGUAACGCAGCCGCCCCCACAGUCACAUCACCUCCCGCACCACCUCCCGCCACACCAGCACCACCAGCAGCAGCACCAGAGCCUACCACAGCACCACCAGGUUAUUCAAAUACAGCAGCCGUCACACUCCCCACAGCAGCAGUACCAGCACAUACAUCAACAACAACAACAACAACAACAACAACAACAACAACAACAGCAACAGCAGCAGCAGUACAAACCACCACAACCACCACCACCAUCACCACAACAACAACAACAACAACAGAAUAAGACGUUCUCCCGCCCGGAUGACCACCGGUAUAGUGUGCAGUCACUCUUAGGUGGACCGAGAGUGGACAUGGCCCCAGCGCCCAUCCACACCGCCCCACUCCACCCCCCUCCACCUAUACACCCCGCUCCUCUCCCCCCCCCUUCCAAAGUCCAGCCAGAUAAUGAGAUGAUGGUUAUGUCGUUCCUGAAUGAGCUCGAGGGAGGGAAGAAGAUAUCAGGAGAAGGAGGAGGAGGAGGAGGGGGGAUUCUGACUGUCCCAUCUAAUCCUCUCUCCAUACAGAAGAUCCUCCCGAACGCGACAUUCGCCCAAGACCAGCGGGGACACUCUGGCCUCUCCGUGCAGACCCCCCCGCAGCAUAUACCCCCGCACGCCCCGCACGCCCCGCACAUCACCAUGGCAGGCGAUGUCAACAACUCCAUGCGGGUUAACCAUAACGGCGACACGACUCCGCUCUCCAUCCGCCCGCCGGCAACCACAAUGGCCGAGGCGCCCCCCCAGGACACCAUGCACCUCACCCCGCUCUAUCCCGGGGCGUGCGACAGUAGCGGCACCCCUAUCGGACGGCUCGAAAGGGGCGACUCGGCUUCCUCUAUGAGUCAGCUCGAUCUCGGACUCAGCGAUGACUCCAACCCUCUCAUCGACCAGCUCGAGUCAGCGCUUGAGAGUGACUCGAGCCUCCAAGCCAAGACAUCACCCGAGGAUCAUGUCCCGGGUGAUAUGUCGAGCUGUUCGGAGGGUGCGAGGGAUGAGUGCCAGGGUGAGGACGUGCCACAACAACAACAACAACAGGAACAGCCCACGGAGAUGUUCAUGUCCCUCCUCGGAAACCCACAAACGGAUGCUGGGAAAGUCGCCCCCGAAAAUGGGUGUCCGCCUCGUAGCAAGUCCCCGCCCCCGCCCCUGGAUGAGGACAAGGACACACCCACCUCACCCACAGAAACAACACCCACAGAGGACACAGAAAAGGGGGAAAAGGAGCCAGAGAAGGAGACAGCAUCAGACAACCCAGAGAAAAUGUGUACGGAAGAGGAGGAGGAGGAGGAGGAGAAGGAGGACAGCACAGCCACCCACAGAAGCCCCAGAACAUCGGAAAGCCUUGCCGCCUCACAGGACACACCCAAGGAGGAUGCACCCCCAACCAAGGACACAGAAACCACCCCACAGGAACCAGAACUAAUGGAGACGGUUGACGAUGUGGAGGAGGAGGGAGCGGAGACAGACCAACAAGACCAGACCAGUAGCAAGCCCACAGACCCCCAGCCCACCACAGACAACAGACCCCCUUCCCGGAACUCACCAGAGGGAGAGAAGGGAAAGACCGACAGCGUGAAUAACAAAACCACGGACACUUCUGGCAGCCCUUCCCCGCCAAAAUCACCGUCGGGAAGCCCUGCCGCCGAGGAGCCUGAGGUGCUGUCGUUCACGGAGGAGGAGCAAAGCAGUGCCCUAGAGAAGGUGGUGGAGAUACCGACUGUUUACAUCGUGGAGCCGAAAGUUGAGACUCCACCACCUGCGAGCCCUGAGCUGAACCCGGAGAUACUUUUCGUGACGUCGCGGGUCUCGCACGAGGACGACGAGGCGGAAAAGACGAAGAAACCGCCACAGAAACCACCACAGCAGAAGGAGGCACCGAAGGAGACGCCCAAGGAGAGACCGAAGGAGAGGCCCACCUACCCCAAGACUCAGACUCCCCCCAUGCCGGAGAACGAGAUCCGCGUGAAGAGGAUUGUGAUGCCGAAGAAGACGAGCUUUUUCGAGACCACCAGGAUGCCGGCCGGGAAGGAGAAGGUGGCGGUGAUGUGCUACGUCUGCGACACGAACGUCAAAGGACCGCAGUUCAAGAAUCACCUGUUUUUCGGGUUCGUACGGUGCCACUACUGCAACCGUCGCCUCAUGGGGUGCCGGCUACUGAAGGAGGACCUGACGAACCCUGACAAGAGCACGUGUUUCAGUAGCCCCAACAAGAAGCACAACUUUAGCAAAUGGGCGAGCGAUCCGAUUGAGCACCUCUCCUACUACAUCCGGAAGGAGCUGGUCAUCAAACGCUUCUGUGCCGGGAAGACAAAGCCGCCACCCGUCUCGGAGAUCGUGGAGGAGAUCUACACGUAUAUCAACAAGCUGGUGGCGCUGGAGAGUGUGUCCCCAUGGUGCUACGCCUACGAGCGCUGCCAGAAGUACAUUCAGGAGCGAGUCGCGGCCGAGCCCAAGGCGUUCAGCGAGGAGCUCACGAAGGGCGUCGCUGCUUUCCCCCCGCACAUCGCUGAGCUCUCCUCGCGGUCGAACAGCCCCGUGGUAAAUGACUCCACCUCCACAUCCACCACGUUCAGUCCAUCGGUCAGGGCCACCACACAGCCGGUCCUCAUGGUCCAGGACGGCAUAGUGACCAAGCCAGUGAUGUUAAUGAAACCAACACCCCCGCAGCCGCCCUCCAAGCCUCCGCAUAUCGAGCCGGUGUGCGUCAUCGAGUCCCCGCCGGUAACACAGUCGGAUGAGUCGGUGGAUGACCCCAUGGAGGUGAUGGAUGAUGCGGGGAUGGACUCGGAUGCAGAGGAAGUCACCUCGACGACCCCGACCCCCACCACCAACACCGCCACCACCACGGUCACCACCACGGAGCAGGGCAACACCACCACGCUCUCCCGGAAGUCCCUAACACCAUCCGCCUCACCCUCGCUGGAGAGCACCCAACUCAUGGUAAAGGUUCGGAACUUCUCCUCGCUCAGCCAGCCGCCAACCCCAAACAGCAACACCAAAGAGCAGUCGGACGGAGCCGCCAUCACCCGCAGCAAGGCCACCCCGCCCCCGACCAUCCCGAUCAUCAGCCAGGCCGCCACACAGCUGCACUCAAUCCUCACCAGCAACAACACUAAUGCCGCCUCGUUCACGCCGUCACCCUCGACAACGCAGCGCUCAACUCCGACGCUAUCCAAAACGACAACUCCCGAAGCGACACCGGUAGCGCAAUCGGACGUCGUGAUCCUUGACGAACCAACACCGACGCCGCCGACGCCCCCGCCAACCAUCCUCCGGCAGAACGUAGCGGGGACGACCCUCAUCCGACAGUGGGAGACGAAAGCGAAAUCCCACACUGUCGCACACAAUGUCACACACACGCCGAGCUCCCGUAAGCUGCCCAAGGGAUUGCAAGCGGACUCCUGGCAGGUCAAGAACGAGAAUUACCUCAUCGUCAAGUACCCCAGCGAGCCGUGCCCUGAUGUCUGCCCUUCCUGCUACACGGCCUUCAACCCCCUGCAAGCCACGGUCCAGUGCUCGUCCUAUCUCAUGACAGUGAAGUGCAACUCGUGCAAACUCACCCUGUUCGUCUCGCAGGACCCGCCGCCGCCCCGCCCCAAGAAGAAGAGAAGGGUGUGAAGGGGGUGGGAGAGGGAGAGUGAAAAUUAAAGGGUGUGGUAGACGAGAGAAUGGAAAUAGAAGGAAUAGAAAAGGGUGCUGUAGAUGGGACAGUGAAAAUAGAAAGAACAGAAAAGAGGGUAGAAGAGUGGAAAACGGGUGUAGAAAGGAGAGAAUGAUGAUAGGAAGAACAGAAAACGAUGGGUGUGAAAAGGAUGGAAGACUGAAAAGAGUGUCGCAGAAUAAAGAACAAAAACAAGAGGAAUAGAAAAUGGGUCAAUAAUUUUAAGGGUAGACUGACUUGACUUUCUCCCUCCCUCCCUCUCUCCCGCACUCGCUCUCUCCUUACCCUACAAUCCCUCCCCCUCCCUCCCCAUCACCCCAUCACUCCAGGAAGGGUAUGGGUGAUGGGCAGGGUGUUUGAUGGGAUAGAGAAGGGACAGUGGGUUGUGUUUGUAAAUAUAUCUAGAAAAAGAACAUGAAAUAAGGAAAACUAUAAGAAAAUGCUUGAAAGAACUGGACGAGAAAUGACACAUAUAAAUAAACAAGUGAAGUGAAAUGUCUGGAAAAGAAAGAAAAGAAAAAGGAAAGUAGGUUAAUAGGAAAAAGGGAAAAGUUGUAAGUGAAAAUAAGGAAAAUGUAGGAAAAUAUGUGAAAAGAGCUGGACAAGAAUGACAUAGAGGAAAACAUGUGUAAUUAAAAGAAGUGAAAAUGUCAGAAAAUAUACAGGAAAAUGAGGAAAAAAAGAAGGAAAAAGGAAAAGGUUGUAGUUAAAUUAAGGAAAAUAUGUGUGAAAAGACUGGACAGGAAUGACAAAAGAAGAAAAGUAAGGAAUGAAAAGAUGUAAAAAUGUCAGAAAAUAUACAGGAAAAUAAGGAAAAAAAGGAGGAAAAAAGGAAAAGGUUGUUGUUAAAUUAAGGAAAAUAUUAGAACAGCUGUGAAAAGACUGAACAAAAAUGAUAAAGGAAAAAAGUAAGUAAUGAAAAGAUGAGAAAAUGUCAGAAAAUAUGUUAAAAAAAAUUAGGAAAAAAGAAGGAAAAAGGAAAAAGUUAUAAUUGAAUGCAGGAAAAUAUAGGAAAACGUGAAAAGACUGAACAAAAAUAACAAAGGAAAAAAAUGAAGUAAUGAAAAGAUAUGAAAAUGUCAGAAAAUGAGGAAAAAAUGAAGGAAAAGGUUGUAUGUAGUUAAAUUAAGGAAAAUAUCAGAACAGGUGUGAAAAGACUGAAAAAGAAUGACAUAAAAAGAAAACUGGAAAUAAACACAAAAAGAAAAGUUGCAUAAGUUGGAUUAAAGGGAAAAGAUGGAAAAAAAAACACUGAAAAGAACAAGACAAAAAAAAAAUUAACGGGAAAACUCAAAUCAAUGAAAAGACAGGAAAAUAAAGGAAAAGUCAUACAAGUUGAAGGCAGCUCAACAUAAAUAAAGAAAAGAGGAAGAAGAAAGAAAGAAAAUAGAAUGACCGAGAGAGGAAAAAAAUAAAUAAUGUAGGCCUAUGUGUUCCUAUCUCAUAAUAAUUUGUACUGUGACCUUUUUAUUCAUCACUAUUAUUAUCAUUAUUAUUAUUGCUGUCCUAUCA